CUAUUUUUGUCCAAAUGAGAGAAUUCAUGUAUUUGUCAAUUGAAAACUCAUAACUAAUAUUGUGUGCUUGAUAUUGUGUGAUAUGUUUAUAAACGUAAAAUUUAUACAAUAAUAAAUCAAACUUGAUAUUGUAGAUACUAGAUAGGAUAUCAAACCAAAGGAGACAAUACCUCGCCCCAUGCCAGACGGUUUAAACCAAUUAAUUCAUACCAUUAGGGAGGGAGCCAGUGCCCCAUAUUGCUACGAAUAUAAUACUCCCUAAUUUUCGAUCCUUAUGUUCAAGAGUCAAUAUUUCCUUCCCACCAUCCAGGCCGUUACGUUCCGUUCCGCUCAGAAGCAAAUCUUCAAAUCUCUCUACCUCAAUCUACCAUGCCUCCAGUUGAUCUUGAAGCACUAGUCUCCGUCAGCGGCGGCGGCGGAUCUGACUGGGAAUUUCCGCGCAAGAGUUUCGCAGACAGCAGAGCCGACGGCGAACACAGAUCGUUAAAGUUUGACGCCGUCAACGGCGACGAGAAGAAAGCAGCCGCAGAUUUCCCUCCGGAGUCCUUCUUGCUCUCCAAAGACGACGGAAUCGAUUGGUUCGACCGCAACGCUGUUCUGGAACGCAAGGAGUCGGGCAAAGGCGGCGCCAAUCCGAACCCGAUUUCUUCGAAUCCACUCUCGAGGUCAAGUUCGCAGAGGCUCACGAAGUUUCGGGGCGGGUCGAUGAUCGGGUUGCCCAGGGCUCAGAAGAGCGUUGACUUGAUGCGGAGGAGCUGUAGCAAGCCGGCGAGUAUCCGCCUCUUCCCGCCGAGGCGGUCAGAUUCAUCGGUCGGCGAGCCGUCUUCCCCGAAGGUUUCGUGCAUUGGAAGGGUUAGAUCUAUGCGCGGUCGCCGCGAAUCGGCCUCGAGGAAUGAACAUUCGCUAGAGAAAUCUAGAAGCAUCGUCGAGAAGGGGAAAUCCGGAUUCAGAUUCUCGCGGUUCAUAUCCGUCCUCUUGUCCAGCCGAGGACACAGCCGCGGGAAGAAAACGCCGGAGAAAAAGGAAAGUCGAUCGAAGGUCGAGGAGCAGGAAAGGCCAUCCAGGAAGAGCAUGAAAGAAGAAGCGCCGAUAAGCUUUGAACCGGCGCCAGGCUUGGGAGGAAUGAAACGGUUCUCUUCCGGCCGGAGAUCGGAAUCGUGGCAAGCAAGUGAAAUCAAUGCAGCGAUCUGUGAGGCUUUCCAGACGGAGCGGUUAUGAGGAGUCCACGGUAGACGCCGUCGAAGCUCGGAUCUUUUUUUUUUUUUACUGCGGAAAUCCGUUUUUAUCCGCAUUCUUUUAUAGCAGUAACACGUAAUGCACAGUAUACUGUUGAAUUUGUUAGUGUUGAUAUUUUGAUAAUGAUCAUAAUAUCAUUUCAUUAAUACUACACUUAAAAAUCUAAUGAACAAAAAUAUUACUAGUAUUUAGUAUAUAUGUUCAAAUUUACAUCAUAGUAAUUACAUGUAAGUUUUUACCAUGUAAACUUGCACACAAUUAUUUAGUGAAAGAAUUUGUUUGUACAUAUCUUAAACAC